AUGCACCGAUACCUCUUCCGACCUUGCAACCUCGACACCUGCCCCUGUCUCUUCGGGGACCGCAUCUACGUCUACCUCUGUAUCUUCUGUUGCAUCCACCCCGCUCGCUUCUUCGUCUUCGACUUCUUCUUUGUCCUCGACUCUUUCUUCUGUGGCUUUGAGUUCCUCUUCCUUGCCUUCAACUUCUUCCUCUUCCUCCUCGGUGCUUGCUCCGUCAUUACCGUUGCCACCGAUGGAAGCGGACAAUUCACUGCCAUCAGCCCCGCCCUUUCGUAUGCGCAGAACAGUGGCAUUCCCACCGUCUCCGUCAAGGCGGGCACAUACACGGAUUCCAUCAUCGUCCAGGCUACCGCUGCCGUGACAGUCGUUGGCGAAUCCUCUUCCUCCAGUGACUACUCGCAAAACAAGGUGGUCGUCUCGAAUGCAGGGAUUCCCCUUUCCUGGAACACGGCUGCCAGUCUGGGCACGACAUGGAAGAACAUCAAUUUCGUCACUUCCAACACGGCCUCUACCGCUGCUGCUGCCUCUUUGAGCGGCUCCAAGAACGCCUUUUAUGACUGCCAAUUCAUCUCCGCCGGCGAUUUGGGAAUCUCCUCGUCCAUCGGUACUUCCUUUGUCUACAACUCGUACAUCGAAGCGCGUUCCAAGCUCAUCUACAACACGCCCAACAUGUACAUUUACGGCUCUACUCUUACGCCUACAGCGAGCAACGCACUCUUGGUCUACAACAAGGGUGUGUCUUCUGGUACGGUGGUGACUACCAACUCCACCGUCGUCUUCGACUCCUGCGCAGUCACUUCAAAGUCUGGCACCACCGUGACUGGCGUCUCGCUUGCUGCAGCCAACGGUAUUGGGUCCGUUGUUGUCUACAGAAACUCGGCCCUGCCCAGCUUCAUCCUCGGCGCCGGUGUACACGUUGACGCCAAGACCCAGGCGACAGGAAACUUCUAUGGCGAGUUCGGCAACACGGGUGCCGGAUCCUACUCUUCGAACUCGGCCGCAAGGGCGUCCUACGUCAAGAGCCUGAGCGUUGAUCAGGCUUCCCAAUUCUCCGUUGAUCAGGUCUUCGCCACGUCCAACACCAAUUGGAUCGACUCAUCAGUCAUCUCCAUCAUCCAGGACUCGGAUGCAUCUCAAGUCGCAAAGGCGAGCACGGCGAGUGUGGUGUCGUCCACUGCCUCUUCUUCGGCCAUCACAAGCUCCGUCUUCAUAUCGAGCAGCUCCGUCUCGACAUCAAGCAGCUCCGUCACCGCAUCGAGCAUUUCUAUGUCCGCAUCGUCAUCAAGCUCGGUCUCCUCUGGGUCCUCGACGUCCGCCUCUGCCAGUGACGCAUCUUCGCUUUCCACCAGUGCUACUCCCGUUUCGUCGGUAUCUGGUACUUCCUCAAACUCUACAGCAUCCACGAGCACUACAGUGAGUUCGAGCUCCAUCACUGGUACCUCGUCCGCACUCUCGACUGGCUCGACCUCUUCCAGCGAGAGCGCCUCGGUGGAUACUGCCAGCUCCACUACCGCUGCAUCUACUUCGGCUUCUGGCUGCUCUCUUCCCUCCUCGGUGCCUACCACUGCACGUGUCGUGGGUCCGGCUGGGUCCUGCGCCAACUACACCAGCAUCGCCGAUGCCGUCAAAGACCUUUCUACAGACCAGUCCAAGACCGAGUAUGUGUACAUUCUCGCAGGCACCUAUGCCGAGCAGAUCACCUUCAGCCGUGUAGGCCCCACCGUCUUCCGCGGUGAGACGUCCAGCGAGCUCGACCAAUCCAGCAACAAGGUGACUCUCAGGUCCUCUGCUGGUGUGCUCUCUAGCAGCGGAGGAUCUUCCGCUACCGCCCCGUUCCAGGCCACUCAGUACUACAGCAAGAGCAUCAGCUUCUACAACAUCAACUUCGAGAACGCCUACACUGCUGCUACGGGCUACAAUGCUGUUGCACUUUCCAGCAAAGCCUUGAAGGCAUACUACUACAACUGCGGGAUUACCUCCUCUCAGGGGGCUCUCCUGCUCAACUACGGCGCCCAUUACUUCUCGGGCUGCAAGAUCACUGGUACCACGGACAUUGUUUGGGGACAGGGUGGUGCCUACAUCUACAACUCGAAGAUCGUCAGCACCGGAACCACGACUGGUCAGUCUCUUGCCGCACAGUCGUACCAGUCGCAGUACAACCCCUCGCAGUUCGUCUUCGACACUUGCACUUUCGUGCCCACCGACAGCACGGUGCCGAAGGCGAGCACGUACCUGGGCCGCGACUACACAGCGUCGGCGCGUGUGGCGGUGAUCAACUCCUACCUGGACGCUCACAUUGCUCCUGUCGGAUGGUUGAUUGCAUCCAAGACUACGAAUGUCACGUUCGUCGAGGCCAGCAACUCCGGACCCGGAGCGUCCACCGCAUCUAGGGUUUCGCAGAUUGUGACGGAUGCGUCUGCCUAUUCGGCCAGCAACGUUCUCGGCGCUCUUUCGAUCGACACUGCCGCUGUUGCGCCUGUUGCUGCUUUCCCAGACAGCGUCUAUGCCAGUGCGCUUCUUUCCAGCUCAUCGAGUGUCAUCUCCAGCUAUUCCACUCCCGUGGCAAACUCCACGACAGCGACCGCGGUGUCUGCUUCGGCAUCCAGCACUUCUGCCACUGCAGCUGCAACUGCUACCAACACUCUCAUUGUCUCAACCACGCCUGCCGCUGGCGAGUACGGCAACGUCACGGCAGCCAUCGCGGCCCUUCCCAACGACAGCAAGGAAUACACCAUCUACAUUCGCGCCGGAACUUACCAGGAGCAGUUCUCCAUUACGCGGAACGGCAAGGUCACGCUCCGCGGCGAGACGACAUUCCCCAAUGACUUCUCGCAGAACCAGGUCACCAUCCAGUUCUCCUACGGCGUGCUCACCAGCGCCGGCCAGAACGAGUUGACGCCGGUUAUCAACGCCAAGAAGAACGAUGGGUCUGGCCUCGCGUUGUACAACAUCAACUUCGUCAACACGUACCCGCAGACGAAGAACACUGCUGCGCUUGCGGCCGACUUCUACGGCGCCAACAUGGCCGCCUACGGCUGCAAGUUCGUCGGCUACCAGGACACUCUCCUCGCCAACAAGGGCACCCAGGUCUUCUCCAACAGCUACAUUGAGGGCUCUAUUGACUACAUCUGGGGCUUCUCGACGGCCUAUUUCCACCAGUGCUACAUCGCGUCCAACACGGCUGGCGGUUACAUUUCGGCCAUGAGCCGCGCCUCGGCUUCGGCCACGGGUGGCUAUGUUUUUGACAGCUGCUACGUCACGUACACGAGCACCUACGGAUCGACCUUCGGCACCAGCUACCUCGGUCGCCCGUACUCGAGCUACAGCAUCGCCGUGUACAUGAACUCGUUCAUCGACAAGCACAUCAGCCCCGCCGGCUGGGCCGUGUGGCAGACCAGCAACCCUCAGACGGACAACGUCUUGUUUGGAGAGUUCAACAACACCGGCCCCGGCAGCUGGUCCAGCUCUCGUGCGUCUUUCGCGACGAACUUGACCGAGUCCCAGGCGGCGGCUUAUAAGCUAUCUGCUUGGGUUGGCAGCACUUCGUGGCUUGACAUGGAUGCGUACAAUUACGUGCCUUCGUACGACGUCUCCGGCGCAGCUGCAUCGACUACGACUCCCUCGGCGUCAGCUUCAUCCACCAUUGCCUCUGCCACUGCCGCAGCCACCUGGGCGCAUCCGUCAAGUGGCGCCACCCCGCCUACCGGAGCCGUCCUGGUGUCGGUCGGAGGCUCCGUCAACGGGUCGUACAGCAACCUCACCGCCGCCCUCGCGGCUCUGCCGUCGGAUAGCUCGACGCAGAUCAUCUUCAUGUACCCCGGAACCUACAACGAGCAGCCUCCGGCGGUUGACCGGCCGGGUCCCGUCCAGAUCAUCGGUGCGCAGGAUGGCAAUCCCGGCCAGAGCUACAGGACCAACAAGGUCAUUCUGACCCAGGCUCGCGGCUUGUCCGUCUCGCCGCUGCCGACCGGCCAUUCGGACGCCGAAACUGCAACCUUCUCCACCGCCAGCAACAAGAUUGCCAUGUACAACAUCGACAUCAUCAACUCUGACAACCUCGACGGCUCGCUUUCGUCUUACGUCACCCUGGCCGGUUCCAUCUACGGUUCGCGCAUCGCCUUCUACGGCUGCAGCUUCAUUGGCUGGCAGGAUACGCUGUUGACUGGAAGCAGCACUGGCUACCACUACUACGAAUCCUGCUACAUCGAUGGCGCCAUAGACUUCAUCUGGGGCUACUCCAAGGCCUACUUCAAGGGCUGCACCAUCGGCGCCAAGAGGCAGAAGUCGGCCAUCACGGCUCACAGCCGUGCGUCUUCCAGCGCGGUCGGAGGCUACAUCUUCGAUCAGUGUCUGUUCACCGCCGCCUCGUCUGCGACGGUUGAUCUGACGCAGUCUGUUUACCUCGGCCGUCCUUACAGCAAGUACGCCCUCGUUGUUGUCAAGAACUCGUACCUGGACAAUGUGAUCCAGCCCGCUGGUUGGAAGGUCUGGUCCGCCACCGACCCGCGUACCGACGCCAUCACCUUCGCCGAGUUCAACAACACCGGGCCUGGUAACUGGGAGAACAACGCCGCGGCACGCACUGCUUUCGGCUACUGCACGCUGCUGACGUCCGACACGUACUCCCUGUCCGCCGUCAUGGACUCGCCCUCUGACUGGAUCGACAUGACGUACUGGGACUCGAUCACCACGCCGACCGUGGCCGCUUCCACCACGGGAAACACCACCACGACGGUCAACGGCACUUCAGUCUACGACGGUACCACUCCGCCUGCGGGCGCCUUGAUCGUCUCCAAAACGGCCAUUGACGGUGUGACGACGUACGAUACCAUCCAGAGCGCUCUGAAUGCGCUGCCCACCUCGAGCAGCAAGACCGGGACCAUCUUCAUCUACCCGGGCGUGUACUCGGAGCAGCUUGUGCUGAGCAAGUCUGGCACCACCGUCUUCAUCGGCUACUCGGCCGCCACCGACGACUAUUCGCAGAACCAGGUGACGGUCGACUUCAACAAGGGAAUCGACACGCAGGCCGAUGCGUCCAACUCGGACAGCGCGACCGUGUAUGCCACGGGCAACUACUUCCAGGCUUACAACAUCAACUUCAAGAACUCGUUCGGCACGGCCGAGGACUACGCCUCGCUCGGAUUCGGCGUCAAGUCUAGCAAGUACGCAUCGCUGUACGGCUGCCAGGUCUGGGGCAACCAGGACUCGCUGCUCAUCAAUGGCUACUUCUUCGCCUUCAAGUCGCUGAUUGUCGGCAACAUCGACAUGAUCUGGGGCUCGGGUGCCGGCUACUUCCUCAACUCGACCAUUUCGCCCAACACCGACGAUGUUUCGCUGACCGCCAGCAAGCGCGCGACCAACGCCACGGCUGCUGGUUUCGUCUUCGACCAGUGCACCGUCAAGCCCGCCCCCGGCACCGGCCCCUUCACCGAGAUCAGCCUCGGACGUCCGUGGAACAACCUCGCCCGUGUCGCGUACAUAGAGACGUAUCUCGAUUCCAGCGUCGAGGCUGCAGGCUGGAGCCAGUGGUCCAAGUCCACCCCGCAGACGGACGGAGUGACUUUUGCCGAGUACGGAAACUACGGACCGGGUGCAGGCACUUCGAAGCGUGCGAGCUUUUCCACGCAGCUCUCGGCGGCCGACGCCGCCCAGUUCCAGCUCGCCAGCUUCUUCGCCGUGACCUCCUGGAUCAACUUCACCCGGAUCGAUGUUCAGCCCUUCGUGGCCAGCGAGGUCGUCGUUCCGACUUCCGUGGCGUCUUCGUCUGUCAUUGCUUCCUCGACCCUGAUCUCGUCGUCCACGCUCAUCCCGAGCACCGUCUUCGUCACCAAAGUCACUACUGACAAAGAGACCCUCUUCACGACCAUCACUGCCGCCAUCUCGACCGUCACUUCAACGCAGACCGUCACGCUGGACAUGGGCGCCACCGUUACCCCUGACCCCGUCUACAAGACCAGCACCGUGAAGGGUACAACAACCAUUGUCGAGACCCUGUCGCAGGCCGACGUCACGCAGACGUCUACCGUGGUCGUCACCAGCGACAUCGGAACCACCGUCACACCGGAGCCCAGCACCGUCACCACGGUGCUCAAGCAGACGACCACUGUUCUGGUCACCUCGACCGAGGCGCGCGAGACGAUUACCGUGAAGAGUACCGUCACUUCGACGAGCUUGGCUACCAAGACGCUCGAUCCCGUAACGUCAACCAUCAGCCUGGGAUCAACCGUCUACGUCACCAGCGUCUCCACCCCGAAGGCCGCCCAAGUCACCUCGACCCGGACCAUCACCUCGGGCACCGGCGGCACGUCAACCAAGACGACCAAAGCCACCACAACUUACGUGACCGUCACCUCGGUGAAGACGACAACGAAGAAAUCCACCACAACCCUCUCCUGCGUCCCCACCGACAGCCUCCAGCGCCGCUCAUACCCGCUGGGACCCCGCGCCGCCGCCGCCGCCGGCUCCGUCACCACCACCACCAUCUUCUCCACCCUCACCACCUACGUCAAGACCUCGACCGCGACCUCGGGCGCCGUCUCGACAGCCACCUCGCUCGCCUACGUCACCAAGACAAUCGGUUCCACCACCACCCUCAAGCCCACCACCCUCACCACCACCUCCACCGCCUCCCCCGCCACCAAGCUCUCCACCCUCACCGCCCGCGCCUCCACCGCCCUCCUCACCACCACCUCCACCAAACUCGCCGGCAAACCCACAACCCUCAAACCCUCCACCCUGACAGUCACCUCCCUCGCCGCCGGUGCUACCCGCACCUCCACCACCACCGUCCCCGCCGCCGGCGGCGGACCCCUCACCACCACUUCCUUCGCCACCGUCACGCUGAAAUCCACAACGACAGCCCCAGCCUCCACCGUCGUCAAGACGUCGUCUAAAGGCGUGACGAGCACGGUCGUGCAGACGCUGGCGCAGAGCACGAGCACCGCGUGGAAGACGGCGACGCUGACGCUGGCCCCGAGCGUGACGGUCGUGCGGCAGAGCACCGUGGUGAAGACGACGACGGCGAAGGCGACGAGCACGGUCGUGAGCGUCGUGACGAGGACGGCGAAGGGGGCGGGGGCGUGUACGGCGGGUGUUUGA